AUGGCGACUGUUAUUCUCCAGUACCCUGUCGGUCAUGACUUCGACCUUGAAUACUAUGUGAAGACGCAUCUACCGAUUGCCGAUAGGGUCUGGGGGCCGGAAGGUCUUAAGAGCUGGGAGGUUAUCAAGCUGGGAGGUGAAGGCCCCUACCAGCUCUAUACUGUCCUUAAAUGGGAGAGUGCGGCUGCGUUCCAGAAGGCUGCUGCAUCGGAGGGAGCAAAAGAGGUUCAAGACGAUGUAAAGAACUUUACCACGGCAGCGCCCGUACUGGUCUUUGGCGAGGCUGUCGCGGCGAGCUAG